AAUCAAUCAUUUAACUGUCAUUGUUUAGUGUUUGUACUAUUUCGACUAGUGUUUGUACGUGUUUCUUUUGUGUAUAAUAAAAAUCAUCAUUUCGAAAUUAUUAUUUUUUUUCAACUUUUUAAAAGAAUCAAAUCUAAUUAGAUUUCUUCAUCAUGGGUUCUUCAUCAUCAACAUUAUCACCUAUUGAUAAUAAUCAAUUCGAUCAGGAAAAAAUUAUGUCAACAUUAUCAGUAAUAUCAUCACGAUUAGAUCGAAUGGAAACGAUGCUUUUUGAAUUGAAGGAUUCUGUAAAAAUCAAUAAAAUCACCGAACAUCAUCAUCAUCAUCAACAUCCUUCAUCUGAUUUGAUUGAAAUCCAAACAAAUCAGCAAAUCAAUAAUGAUAAUUUGGAGCAACAACAACAACAACAAAUGGAUUUGUUAUCAAAUAGUACUUCGUUGCCCGAUGAUGAUGAUGAUGAAGAAGAAUAUUUCACCAAUGUAGAAUCAAAUGAUGAAUCAUCAAAACAAACAAGAAUUACAACAAAUAAUGAUGAUGAUGAAGAUUCGAAUGAUAAUCAUCAAUCGAAUGUAAAAAAUACAUCAUUACUGAAUAAAGAUUUAGAUUCUUCGAAUAUGAUAAUCGAAACUAAUGGCAAUAUUGGAGAUGAUGAUGAUGAUACUGUUGAUGAUUGUUUGCCUGAUCGACAUCAACGCAUACAUUCAUGUGAUAAGCGAUUCAAAUGUGAUCACUGUCCAUUUGCAACUGAAUACAAAUCUUCUUUAGAAAGACACAUUCGUAUGCAUAAAGGUGAUAAAAGAUACAAAUGUGAUAAUUGUCAAUAUUCAACAUUACACAAAUAUUCUUUACAAAUACAUACUCGUAUACAUUCAGGUGACAAACCAUACAAAUGUGAUCACUGUUCAUAUUCAACAACACAACAAGGCAAUUUAAAAAACCAUAUUCGUAUACAUACAGGUGAUAAACCAUACAAAUGUGAUCACUGUCCAUUUGCAACAGUAUACAAAUCUUCUUUAAAAAGCCAUAUUCGUAUACAUACAGGUGAAAAUCCAUACAAAUGUGAUCAAUGUUCAUAUGGAACUUCAUUCAAAAAUGCUUUACAAAUACAUACUCGUAUACAUACAGGUGACAAACCAUACAAAUGUAAACAAUGUGAAUAUUCAACCACACAACAAUGUAAUUUACAAUCACAUAUCCGUAUACAUACAGGUGAAAAACCAUACAAAUGUGAUCAUUGUCAAUAUGCAACAGCACACAAUUCUUCUUUGAAAAGUCAUCAACGCAUACAUUCAUGUGAUAAACGAUACAAAUGUGAUCACUGUGGAUAUGCGACUGAAUACAAAAGCAAUUUAAAAAGGCAUAUUCGUAUAUAUACAGGUAAAAAAUCAUACAAAUGUGAUCAAUGUGAGUAUGCAACUUUAUUCAAAUCAGCUUUACAAUGGCAUAUUCUUAUACAUACAGGUGAUAAACCAUACAAAUGUCAACAAUGUGAAUAUACAACAAUACGAAAAUAUCAUUUACAAAGUCAUAUUCGUAUACAUAGUGGUGAUAAACCAUUCAAAUGUCAACAAUGUGAAUAUGCAACAAUACGAAAAUAUCAUUUUCAAAGUCAUAUUCGUAUACAUAGUGGUGAAAAACCAUUCAAAUGUCAACAAUGUGAAUAUGCAACAACACAACAAAAUAAUUUAAAAAGACAUCUUCGUAUACAUACAGGUGAUAAACCAUACAAAUGUGAUCAAUGUCCAUAUGCAUCUGCAGACAAUUCUAAUUUAAAAAAUCAUAAACUUCAUAAACAUCCUUCAUAUGAUAAUUAA